AUGGGCUCCAUUCCUCUCCCAGAUCUCUCUCACCUGUCCCCCUCCGCCCUACCCACCCCUCGCGAUUCCCCCUCCACCGAAAAGAUCACAUCCUCCCUCUCCCUCUACCGCCACUGCGAAGGUGGCUUCUACGCAGAGACAGACCGCGCACCGACCACGAUCCCCUCCCCUUUCCCAGCCACGCCCGCAUCCUCCUCCUCCUCCUCCUCCUCCUCCUCCUCGGGCCCCCUGGACGAGGAAACCGCCAGCAAUGACUCAUACUCCAACCCAGCGACGACCCAGCAGCAGAGGCGCGCCCUCUCGUCUGCGAUUUUCUAUUACCUCACCCCAUCCUCGCCCAUAGGCCACUUCCACCGCAACCGCUCCCGUAUAACGCACUCCCUGCACCGCGGCCGCGGCCGCUACGUCAUACUCCAUCCGGACGGCGGCGUCGAGAGUUUCGUGGUAGGAGGCAACGUCGGUGCGGGCGAGAGGUUGCAGUGGACCGUUGAGGGAGGCGAUUACAAGGCCAGCUUCGUGUUGCCGGACGAGGGCGGUGACAAGGACGCCUCGUCGAGCGAGGGGCUACUGAUUACCGAGGUCGCCGUGCCGGGAUGGGAGCCGUGUGAUCAAAAUUUUUUAACGCGGGGAAAGUUGGUGGAGUUGGUGGGUGAGGAAAAAGCUCAAGGAUUAGAGUGGUUGAUCAAGGAGGAGUAA